AUGCACAACGUGCUUAGUGAUGCAAAGUCGGCCAGUAAACCAGCCCUCGACCUCACCAGCCGCUCGUUUCACGCGAAGAAAUUCCUUAAAGAGGUAGUUGGAGGAGUAUCACAUAGCGGGUUUGAGGAUAAAAUCGUCGGCGAGAUCGGCAAUGCAGUGGAGGAAACUGACGAAGCACUGAAGCAUCUAAUUCGGGAUAAUUUGGAAGUUUUCAUCAACUCCAAGGAUGCGAUGACAGCUGUGUACUCUAGAGACCGGAGGCUGUUCACCGGCGAGGCACUGAACGACAUCUCUGCAGCGUUCAAAUUGGCAUUGGAUAGUUGCUCCAAUCUAGUGAAGCCAACAAUAGAUUCAUUUUUAAGUGUUCGACAUAGUCGCAAGAUGCAGGAAAUUCUUGAGAAACUGUUUAGCGUGCUGAGUAUUCCUGGUGUAUUGUAUGAAUGCUGCGGAGUGCGUGUGGCGCGCCGCAAAACUCAUUCAGAUCCUUGGGAGCUCAAUGACCUCGAUGCCGAAAAUCACGAUAAAAAAAAUGCACUACAUAGUGAAGUCCAAGAGCGUAAGUUGGAAAUUAACAAUGCUACCUCGGUCGCCUCAAGUAACUCUAGCGAUACUAGGGUAGAUGGUUCUCCAAAUACACGGGGUGCGCUAGAGGAAUUCGUGAACCAGGCAUACAACACCGCUGUUGAUGAGUAUGAAGUUCAUUCCGAUCAGGAAAUUUUUUACUGGUAUGGAACUCCGCUGCUGCGCUUCAAGGAUACGAAUAUGCAACGGCGACACGUCGAGACAGUAAGCAAUUAUAGCGGUGCCAUGCUUAGUCUGCGUCGCGCGAUGCUCUACAUUGAGGAAAAUUACAAUCUAGAGGACGGGACCCCAUUGGCAGCGGAUAUAGCGUCAGGUCCUGAAUUUUUGUCCAAUGGUCAUACAUCCGUAGCCAAUGGUGGUAGUGAAAUAGAUAAUACAGGGUGCAAGAGAUCGAACGGGGCGGGACGGACAUCCUUCACGUAUCAUUUUGGAGUGUCCCUACUGCGGGCGAUGCUCUACCUUGAGGACCAGCUCGCCGAGGAACUUAAGUACGCAAACGCGAUGGAUGUCGUGUUGAUCGAAGACACCCUUUCGAUGAUGAUGGAGGUAGCCAUCGAAAGCGUCAAACUGCACCAUUUCUGCUUUGUCACACGAAACACUUUACUUGGUGGGAAUGCGCAUGUCCUUGUUGGCCUGCAUGAGAAGGUCGCAGAAGGAACUGCUGCAGCUGUAGCCGCUGAUUCAUAUACUCCGAAGGAGGGCCGAAGCCGAGUUUCCCUUACGAGAGUCGCGAGCCACUACUCUGACUCCGACACUGAACACGGUGAAACGGCGAGUAACCAUCCUGCUUUUUCAGAGGGAACCACCUAUCGUGGCGUGGGAAACAUGAAGCGGGAGAUGAUGCACCCUGCACAAUACCUUAUAAGCAUUGUCUGCGACCAAAACACGCGUCUUUCAUAUGCCAGCGCAGCGGCUCUUUUGAGUGAGGCAACGGAGUGGCUCAAUAAGCUUUACUCCACCCCUGCCAUGCCUGGUGUCCAGCAGCAAGACUUCCGUAAUUCCGCCGAAUAUGGUGAUGCCACCCGGGGAUCUGUGCCGCGCUCUGGAGGGAAGACUCCUGCCAGGUUGGCCGAUUCUUUCCUUGACAAUCCGAACCUUUAUUCAGAUGAUCAUCUCGCGUUUAGCGAAGCCAGUACAGAUUCAGAUCCUGAAGAUGAGAUAAACAUAGCCUCGGCUACUCCUUGGGGCGGAACUGAUUGGAUCCGACACUCGGAUGCCGAGGCCAUCCUCAGGGCCUUUCACACUCCGGAGGUGAACUUUGAGACCUAUACCACCUUCACUUUCGGUGGCAUGAAUAUGGGUAACGUCCUGGAGAGUAGCUGUGUGCAAAUGAUUCUACACAGUAAUGCCAUCCUACAGCAGCUUGGCGACUGCGCGAACAGUGAGGCUGAUACCAUGGCACAAGUGUCAUUGCUGAAGUCUUUUGCCACACGCAUGUCCGAGGCGUGCAUCUCAAAUGUAGAGCAAGCUAUAGUUUCCUUCUGGACUGGCAUUGCCUCGAGUAUCCGGGCGGGUAUUUUUGACUUUCACCCGGACGCGAGCAUGCCGCUUCAUCGUAUGCUGCAGGACCUUCUGAUCUCGAAAAGGACCCUCGGCAUUCCCGCAGAUGGGCCCUCAUCAAUCGAUCUGUCGGCUCGAGUCUCAACUGUUUCCAGCUUCUCAGGAGCAGUUAACACCGAGUCAAAACCAGCACUCAAUACGUCACUGCCGUUCGCCGUCGAUGCGCUUGAGCCCCAUAGCGACCAAUACAGUCCACGCAUGUUUGAUGCCCUUCCGCAGAUUCGCUACGUGCCAGUGCUGCCUGAGUUCUUGCAUGUUCGCGAUGGGGUUGAGGGGGGUGGAAGUGGUGGGGUCGUGGCACGAAAUUCAAAGGAGUCGGUGUCCACGCCGUACAGUGGUGUUACGCUGCGUGACUUGUCUUCGCAGGCUGUCCUCCAUAUGGUACGAACCGCACGGGAUACUCUUUACUCCCUGCUUCUCUCCUUUGUGAACUGCUCUGUGGUGAACGCCUUUGUACGCACGAUGUCACGGUAUACGUUGGGUGACCUCGCAGCACAUGCCCAUGAUGAACGUAUCGAGCUUCACGCCGCAGUGCUUGUUGAGGUCAUCCUUGGCCAAUGGGAGCGCAUGAUGGCGGUGGUAGAUCAGUCUGUGUGGCGCAUCAAACUUGUGAUCGGGGGGUCGUCCUCCACCAACGCUGUCUAUGCUGAGCAACAGGUAAAUGACGUUAGCGAGCUUUUGGCAGCGAUUGAAAAGCUGAGGAGUGACUGCUUUAACUCCUAUUUACACGGCAUUGGUGUUCUCUCGAAAGCUUACGUAUCUUUAUUGCCCAUGCUAAGCCCUUCCGGCAUCAACACCGCCUCGCUGGAGUACCGUGUCCGGGCUCGCUUGAGUCGCGAAUUUGUUUCCUCAUUCUACCCCAACAAAUUUCUUAACCUCCUUUCCGUUGUGAUGGACCGUACUAUACCAUUUAUCCAGCGUCACAUUAAGGUCAAUGACGAUGCGGGUCUCUUGAAGGCCAAGGCUGUGGACCCGGAGACGCUGCAGGGUGAGGUUGAAGAUGGAGAACCAAUCUCCCGUUCAGGGCCCCGGCAGCGUCGGCGCGUACUUCGACAGGAUCGCGACGGCUUGCCGAACGGAGACUCUGGUGUAGCGUUGAGCGGCCCUGAGGGCACCAAUUCCAGCAAUAGCGCUGCUGUCUUGGCAAAUAAGGCGACACUGAGAGCAGCUGACGCCCACGUAAAAUUAGUGUUGGUACACAUUGAUGCACACGAGGAGAUGAUGCAGGCGCUUGUGGCAAACCUCCUCUUAUCUUUUGUUGACAUGCUGCACAACCGAUGUCGUGCUAUCAGCGUCAACCUACACGUAGAGCUCGAGGAGAGGGAGGGCAACAUUAUGGAAUGCGUAGCGGAUGCGCUCUGUACAGCCACCACAGUAUCCUCAAUCGUGCUAGAUCAUAUGUUGACGCCCUGCCUCUUUAGUCUCAUGGCCAACCUCCACUCAACUAACCCAACAGAAGUCACUCCGAUAACAAAGCAGCGGCAAGAUGUGUUUCGACAGAAGUACUUGUCACGUGUGGGCGAGCACUGUCAGCUGGCUGUGGACGCUAUGCUCCGCAUGUAUAUCGCGAUACCUCAGCAGCAUAUCACGCAUGAGAUUCGCUCUCGAGGUUUCAUGAGCCCCCUCUUCGAUUGGCAGCGUAUCUCAUCUCAAAUGGGGAUGGCUGUGCGACCAUAUAUUGCUAAGUGCAUUGUGUACGUUGCCAGGGCUCACGAAACGCUUGACUGCAUCCACCAACCAACCCUUGGUGCUGCGGUGAUGCAACGUCUGGUUGCGCAUCUUUCCAUGGCCUUUGUGACGGCGGUGAGCGCCGAUGUGAAUGCGUUCGAGAUGUCGCUCGAGUGCAGCCCAGCCUUUCUUGAUCACGCGGUGCUGCUUAUCGAGGCAGAGGCUCUUACCAUCCUGGAACUGGUCCACGCAAUGGCUAACAACGUGAAGUCCGCGAACACCGCGAGAGGGGUCGUCCUGCCGGAGCUCCUACAGGCUCGCAACUGCUUACAGGGGCUUGUGCGAUCCCUUGAGGACCUCUGUGCUGCGCGUGCUGCUGCCUUAAAAACAGGUAGCUUGGCCGUUAGUGCCCCUACACAGCACGGCAAAGGUGAGGCUCCUCUGAAUGAGCGUGAACGUCAUGCACGGCGUGACGAGAUGGUGGCUACAGCCAUGGCGCACCUCAAGUACAUGGUCGACGCCAUUAACUCCCAUCUAAUGGAGACCUCUGCCCUCGGGGGUGCGCCAACUCAGUCCGUCAGCAACGAGGCAACACAGAGCAUCGCCGAUCGUCUCGCAAGGCGGCGAGAAGGCUAUGAAGUACGUCGCAUCGCUGAGGCCAUGCCUGGACUUCAUCAGAUGUCCGCAAAGCGUAAGAAAGUGUCUCGAAAAGACGGGGGCGCGACAGCGCCCUUGGCACCAAAGGAAGAAUCGCGUUCACAUAGCGUACCGCCGCUAGCCCAGGAGAAUGAAACCGACAAGAUCGCCGCUGUCGCACUCUACCAGAUCGCUGUCGAACAAAACGAAAGGAAACCCGUUAAGACGAUGCACCGAGACAAGAAACCCACGCGUGUAACGGUUGUGAAGGCUGAAAACCCCCAGCAGACACCAUUAGUAGUCGAUCCUCAAUUAAAGGGUAGCAAUGAUGUCAAUACUGCUGUCCCUGAGGCGUCACCUACCGCUCACCGUCACUAUGAGCGACGCAUGCACAACUUUAAAAGGUCUAAUGCUCUGUGA